AUGCUGGAGUUGCUGCUGCUCCUUCCAAUGCUGGAGCUGAUGCUGCUGAAGCUCCUAGUGCUGCUAUCCCAGCAACUCUUACUGAAGCUAAAGCUCAUCUUGAAGCUAAAAUUGAGGUUGCUGAUGAAAAUCGAACUUUCUAGUGAAGCUCCUGAAAUUGAAGAUAUUGAUGUCGUCCAUGAUGGCGUUGAAGCUCAUGACGAAGACCUUCCAAUCACUUAUGUAGCUAAUGUUAGUGAUAUGGAAGAUGAUAAUGAAGAUGAUGAAGAUGAAGACGGUGAUUCUCCUGACCUUCCUAACGCUAGUGGAGAUCUUGGUGACGAUGAUGAUGAAGACGACGAUGACUAUGACUUUACCAUACAAUACCAGAGACCUGUCAGUGCCACGAAAGGCAUCUCUCUCAGGGUGAGCAAGGGGAGAAAGAAAAGGAGACAUUAG